ACUUCCGGAUAACUUCCUAGUUGUCAUGUUUGAAGUGUAUUUGAUCUAAGACGAAUCACUUAUAAACAAAACUCGGCGGUAACAUUUCCAGAAACCUGUGUGUUUUAAAGGAAAGCUGAAAUGGCAGUGGAGAAACGGACAGAGUGGCUAACGCGUUCCAGCUCAAAGACGACAAACUAGCUAACUUAGCUUCCAGCGCUGCAUGCUAAUCUGGUUUUUCUUGCUUGGUUGCUGAUGGAGAGGCUAAUAACCAAGCUGACAGAAAAGCAUGUCCUUUUCACGGCUUCUUUCGCUAUACGACUGGCAUUGGUCGCUUAUGGAGACUACCAGGACAGGACAAUGGUGGUGAAAUAUACCGACAUUGACUACCAUGUGUUCACCGACGCUGCAAGAUUCAUUACUGAGGGCGAGUCCCCGUACAACAGGUCGACCUACCGCUACACCCCUCUCCUGGCCUGGAUGCUCACCCCGAAUAUUUUUGUCAACAUGGUUUUUGGCAAGAUCCUCUUCAUUGUGUGUGAUGUGGUGUCAGGACUGCUCAUCUACAGAAUCCUCCGCCUGAGAGGGCUGGACUGUGAGACUGCACGUCGUGUUUGUUCUCUGUGGCUCCUCAACCCGCUGCCCAUGGGAGUAUCAAGCCGGGGGAACGCUGAGUCAAUCCUGGCAGCCCUGGUGCUGGGGACAUUGCUCUGUAUGGAAGCCCAUCAUCUGACGUGUGCAGCCAUACUCUAUGGUCUGUCAGUCCAUAUGAAGAUCUACCCCAUUACAUAUGCUCUGCCCAUUGCUCUGUCCCUGCGUACGCCAGAGACCAGGUCAGAGGAGGACAAAAGGAGGUGGAGGAGCUUCACUGGGUUUAUUGGAAGCUUCCUCAACCGAGAGCUCUUCCUCUUUGCAAGUGUGGCCGGAGGAGUCUUCUGUAUGCUCACAUUGCUCUUCUAUUACAUGUAUGGCUGGGAGUUCCUUCAUGAGACCUACCUGUACCAUCUAACCAGAAGAGACAUCAGACACAACUUCUCUCCAUACUUCUAUAUGCUCUACCUCACUGCAGACAGCAGGUGGAGCCAGUGGCUUGGUCUGGCAGCAUUCCUGCCACAGCUCAUCCUGCUGUUGGUGGCGUCAUGGGCCUUUCACUCUGACCUGGCUUUCUGCUGUUUCCUGCACACCGCCAUCUUUGUGUCUUUCAACAAAGUUUGCACUUCACAGUACUUCCUGUGGUACCUGUGUUUACUCCCUCUGGUCAUCCCUCACAUGAGUCUAUCACUAAAAAAGGGAGUGGGACUGCUGCUCCUCUGGUUUGCUGGACAGGGUAUCUGGUUGUGUCCAGCCUACUUCCUGGAGUUUGAAGGCUACAACACCUUCCUGCUGAUCUGGCUUGCAGGUUUGCUGUUCUUGAUCAUCAACUGCUUCAUCUUGAUUCAGGUCGUAGCCCAUUACAAACCAACACAAACUCCACAGAGACUGAAGACUGAAUGACAUUCUGUAAUUUUACGUGAAGAUCAUGAACGGUUAAUGGAUGGAUGAAAAUAAAGUGUAUAUUUUGUUAAA